CCACGGUCGAUCGAUUCGAGCGCAAGCUGGAGUUUGUACUUGAAUUUGCCUAUGGAAGCUGCAAAGCGCAGCCGCACAAAAUAUAUUAAAAAAAAAUCUAAACGCUGUUGAUCUGACUGCAGUAAGCUGGAAUCGGAGCUGAAGUCGUACCGAGUGCGAGAAAGACCGAACCAGUUAAAGAUAGGAGGAUACCUGUGUAGUUACACAUUUCAACUGAGCCCGGGAAGACCUCGCGGUCUCUCACUUUUUGAAGCGCAGUGAGCGGCUUCAGUGCAACCUUUUUCCUGGGACACAGACAGUGGUGUUUGUUGCUUAGUAGCCUAUUUUAGUUCAAUGGCAUUUUGGAAAGAUUAGCAGAGAGAAAUCAAAUCAUCGGCGCACCUGCAGUCGCACAUCGAAAAAUUAUUAAAUAAGAGGACUGUUAUGAACAGAAACUAGAAAAAGGACAGUGCAUCAGCUGUCACUGCUUUGAAGUUGUCGAGACCCGACCCAGCGCUGGUUUUCAUUGAGCCCAACAAUGCGGUGAAUUUAUUAUUGGAACCUGUGUUGUUCGACCGAUUCAUAUGGAGAACGGAAGUUCAAUACAUGUUUAGGCUGUGUAUUAUUAAAAACACGCAAAACGCUUGCCUGGAGGUUUCAUUCACCGGAAUGCAGUGUAAUACAAAAGGAAAUUGACUAUGGUACGAUCUACAUUAGAAUUUGCUGUCAAAUGGAGCGAAUUAAAGCAAAACAAGAAAUAUCGACAUAAUUAUCACUAUGUAAAGGCUGCGUUAUAAAAUAAUUUCACAUUUUACGGAAAACAAUUUAUUGGGACUUUUCUGAGCUAAGAACAUUGAUAAAUGACGGUUGGUGUUCCAUGCAUGCUAAAUUAAUUCCGAAAGUGGUGCGUUCUCUCGUGAGGCUUGGGCAUCUCUCCUCGGUUCAUGAAGGUAUCUUGAGGUGACACGGUUGCGGGAAUGAAGGAGUGAGGUUUGGAAAUAUCUGCAAAUAAACGCACGGAGAAAUGUGGCUCAGAAUUCUUCCCCAGAUUCUGAUCAUCUGGGCUGUGGUGAUCUACGGGGCAAUGGCUGAACUGACAUGUGAUACGCUACUCCUUCUGUCCACCAAUCUCACAGCACGUACUUUGGCCAUGUGGAACCUGACCCUCGCGCCCAGCAACGUCACCGGCGGUCUGUUCUGUAACAUAUCCAUCGAUCCCAUCGGUACCUGCUGGCCCAAAAGCACAGCAGGGGAGUGGGUUUCGCGGCCAUGCCCAGAGAUGUUCUACGGAGUUAAAUACAACACCACCAACAACGUGUACAGGGAAUGCCUGUCCAACGGGUCUUGGGCCAUGAAAGGCAACUACACACAGUGUCAAGAGAUUCUCAACGAGCAUUCCUCCAGAGCACCCAAGGGAGAAGACUGGCAGGUUCCAGAAGAAUCUGGAGGCAGUCAGCUGGGCCUGCCAGUAAGGACCUCAUCAGGAGAGAAGAAGAGCAAGCUGCACUACCACAUAGCGGUGAUCAUAAACUACAUGGGACAUUGCAUCUCUCUGGGGGCCCUACUGGUGGCGUUCAUCCUCUUCAUGAGGCUGAGGAGUAUCCGCUGCCUGAGGAACAUCAUCCACUGGAACCUGAUCACGGCCUUCAUCCUGCGCAAUGCCACUUGGUUCGUCGUCCAGCUCACCAUGAACCCUGAGGUGCACGAGAGUAACGUGCUAUGGUGUCGGCUGGUCACGGCAGCGUAUAACUACUUCCAUGUGACAAACUUCUUCUGGAUGUUCGGGGAGGGCUGCUACCUGCACACGGCCAUCGUGCUCACCUACUCCACGGACAAGCUGCGCAAGUGGAUGUUCAUCUGCAUCGGCUGGUGUAUUCCCCUUCCAAUUAUCAUCGCAUGGGCAGUUGGGAAGCUUUACUACGACAACGAGAAGUGCUGGUUUGGGAAAAAGGCUGGAGUGUACACAGAUUACAUCUACCAGGGCCCAAUGAUCUUGGUGUUGCUGAUCAACUUUAUUUUCCUCUUCAACAUCGUGAGAAUUCUCAUGACCAAGCUGAGAGCGUCCACCACCUCAGAAACCAUACAAUACAGUAUGUCCAUCAGGAAAGCGGUGAAGGCCACUCUGGUGCUGUUGCCGCUCCUGGGCAUCACCUACAUGUUGUUCUUUGUCAACCCGGGUGGGGAGGACGAGGUCGCCCAAAUAGUCUUCAUCUACUUCAACUCCAUCCUAGAGUCCUUUCAGGGCUUUUUCGUGUCCGUGUUUUAUUGCUUCCUGAACAGUGAGGUGCGCUCUGCGGUAAGGAAGAGGUGGCACCGCUGGCAGGACAAGCAUUCAAUCCGGGCAAGGGUGGCACGCGCCAUGUCCAUCCCCACCUCGCCCACGCGGGUCAGCUUCCACAGCAUCAAGCAAUCCUCGGCCGUGUGACAAUCUGCCCCGCCCUCGCCUCAUCGCCAGCUGCCAGCCACCCGCUCACGUGCCAUCGCUCACGGCGCUUCUCCGACCCUCCUCUCGCCAAACCAGGAGAAGUGACCACGAAAGGGUUCACCCAGGUACACUUGGACGUGAAAGCACAGAUCUCAUGGACCCCCACCCCUGGGAGUAGUGAGCCCUGUAGUUCCUCGUCUGCAGAUGUGUUGCAGACGCGUUCGCUCUUAAAGCCACGGGUGAUCAGGACGAAGAAGGCCAAAGAACGACCAGUGAGAAGCUGACUGAUUGUUAACCAGUAACACUUAGCAGAGUAUGAUACCAGUCAGCUGUUCACCGCUGUCCACCAUUCCCUUUUGCGUUUGUCGAUUCAAUUUAAAGGGACUUUUUGUGUCGGAUAUCAGUUUUUGUUUCUGUUCAUCAGCGAUUAUACCAUAUCCUUCUUGGUUUUCAUUCUUCAAAAUCCUGAAGAUGGAGCCCUUAUUUUUAACUUUGGAAGGAAAUAGUACCGGGGAACAUGCCUGUAUCCAGUGUUUGUGUCAAAUCGCUAUAUUGGACUUGUGCUUGUCCAAGUUUAUUGACGCAAACAAACAGUUUGAUUCCUGUUUGUUUGCAUGUUUUUGUUUUUAAAUAACCUUUUUAGAACUUAGGUGUUUGGAAAAUGGGCACCACGGACCCUUUAUUUCAUUCCCAUCCAGACUACUAUUUCUGGUAGAUGUUUUCCCAUUCCUUGCUUUUGUUUUCUGAUGAAUUAUUAUCUUCAUAGAGACCACAUAUAAAUGCAGAUGCUUUCCCAAUCUCCCCUCUUCCAUCAACCUAGGUACUGUGCAAAGAGAAAAUUUGAUUUGACAUUAUUUAACACUAACCUGUUGUGGGUGGGCCAUGGAAAACCGGAAAUCUUGGUACAGUUUUUAUAAAUGUCAAAAGAAAUGCAGUUUGUCUCUGCACAAUAUGAUAUUUAUUUGUUUGCAAAGUUAUGGUACUGGAAAUGCCUUUAUACACCAAUUUUGCAUAAUAUUGAAUAGCUAGUUAGUGAACUUAACUGUCAAUGUUGGAAAGCCUGCUGUUUAUCAGGUUACAUAUGAACAAAGUUAAGACAAACUUCACUGGCUGGUGACAGUUCAAUGUGAUUUGCUUGAUGCUCGUUUCCUAAGGUCUUACCUUAGCGUCAUAAUUAUGGUUGCUUGGCUUACGUUUCACAAUUGGAAGUAAUCAUAUACACGCUCAUCUCAUUAUGUAGGCUUGCUAAUCUGCAGUGUAUCUUUAGGAUGUUGGCUAUAUAGUGCAUACGCCAGGGCCAGAGUGGGUUAUUUGCAAUCCAACGCAACUGUUUUUGUGACAAAACCAUUGGUAGAGUUGAGUAUGACCGAAACAUGCACAGAUGUUUAGUACCUACUUCAAAGCCUAGGUGAAAAGAAUACCACUAUGUCAUCAUGCACUGGUUUGUAAGACCGUUUGACAGAAACACACCGCUGAGUAAAUUUGCAAUCAGAUUAAUGGGCUAUUCAUGUCACCCAUGCACUGCCCAAUCUCCCUAGAGGGAAAAUUAGUCAUGUCUGGGUGCCCUAUUUGUUUUAAAUGUUGUGUAAUAUCACAAACUGAAAAGCUUUGUUUCUUCCAAUACCUUGUUACUUCGUCCUAGCUUUUACCAACAGGUCAAACAUAGGUUUGUCAAAAACAUGUCCAGAUCUGACAUUGGGAAGGUGAAAGGAGCGCCAGAUUAACGUCAAUAAGGCAUUUCACACCUGGUCAGGUUUAGGUUUUCAGAGCAAAUUCAAGCAUUCCCCCAAAUACAGAAUGGAUCUAGGAUUAAACAUUGAGAAUAUUUAUUUCUAUAGCUGAAGGUUUUAAAAGGUGUCAUUCUCCGAAGCUGAAUAAGGCAAUUGAAUGUAGUCCGUAAUCUCUUGUAAUGCAUAAUAAAAGCACCUUUAUUUAUUUUAACUUCCAAGAUUGCUAGCACUGUAAAAAUAUAACAUUCACAUGAGAAUAGCAUUAUUGAAUUCUUGGGGUGGGAGAAAUGACAACAUUCUGUAUAUAUUUCUCUGGCUAGGACUGAGAAGGAUGUGGAUAUUUCUGUUGAUUCAUCACUGCAACUUAAAUAACUUAAUGUUCAGACUAAAUCUUUUUUACAGUUAAUGUUAUAUUGUUAUAGUGAUACUGAUAAUGGUGGAUAUAUCACACUCCGUUCCAUUGUUGCAGUGGUACACCAUAAAAACCCUCAUUCCAGCUCUAAGAACAUAAAAUAAUGUUUUAGAUGUUGUCGAGCACAUUAAAAAGCUUUAUUUCUGAAACACACAUUAAUAAGUGAAAGAGGAAGAGACUGACACAAGACAGGGCAGAUGAAGGAGAGUUUGCCGACUUUGUUCUGACUUGGAGACUACAGUGACGUGUAUUAAAAUCAACAAAAAUCAAGACCAUGCUGUCCAUUAUGCUGUGGGAUUAGCCUCUCCAUUUCUCUUUCUCUAGCUAUCGUUCUAUAUCUCUCUCUCUCUCUCUCUCUCUCUCUCUCUCUUACUCUC